AUGGACGACCACCACCUCCAGCGCAAGCAGUCCUCCUCCGUCGAUGACGCCAGCGCCCUGCACGCCAUCCUCGACACGGCCGCCCUCGUCGCCCGCGCCCUCUGGCGCCUGCCCUGGGCCGCCUCGCUCGCCCGCCUCGCCCGCCUGGCCGCCCUGCCCCUCGGCCUGCUCGCCUGGCCCCUGUCCUGCCUCGCCGCCGUCUUGCGCAUCCUCUUCGCCCCGGCCCUCCAUGUCGCCGCCUAUCUGCUGUCGUGGGGCCGCGCCGUCGUCGCCUUGAUCGCCAGUCUAGAGCCACUGUACACGUUUUUCAGCGUCGCGGCUGCCAUCGGCAUCGUCUCGGGCGUCAUCCUCGGCCUCUCCUCCUCCAUCAUCACCACCUACCUGGGCAUGUACGAUGACCCGGAAACCGACGACCGACCGUCAGACAAGCUGACAGGCUACGACAAGCGGCUCCCCGCGCCCGGCCCGGCUUCGUGGGAAGCCGAUUGGCAUUGGACAGAGUCGUCCACGUCCAGGUUUCGACAACCAUCGGGACUGCUGUCGCAAACGAUACACGAAGAGGAAGACGACUCCGACCCAUAG